AAAACACCGGGAAAUUGUUUUGAUACCAUCACAGGUCGCUAGUGUGGUUAUUAGUGGAGGAACUUAUUUGUCCAUCACCUUUCAACCAGUGCUUAUGCCAGCUUGACCUACAGUAUCAGCCUAAAGCGCAUCGUCAAGAUAUUUCAGAAAUAUAGCUGAUGAAAAAGCAUUAUUACCGGAUAAAACAAUGAACAACUUCCGUUCGACGUUUCCAUUCGUUUCCCGUGAGCUUCUGAACUGGUUCCCUGGCCACAUGGGUAAAGGUAUGAAGCAGAUGCAACAAAAGCUGAAACUGAUUGACUGCGUCAUAGAGGUCCAUGACGCGCGAAUACCGCUUACGGGUCGUAAUACAGAAUUUAAACACACGAUUAGUGGCAUCAAGCCCCAUAUAUUGGUGCUUAAUAAGAGUGAUCUUAUUGAAAAGCAGCUUGAAAGUAAAAUUAUUGAUCGCCUUCAACAAGAAAGCCACGAUCCUUCGCACGUUUUGUUCACAAAUUGCAAGAGCCAGAGUUGUAGGGGUCUUCGAAAAUUAAUGCCAAUGGCACAGGAUCUAAUUAGCAGUUCAGAUCGGUAUAAUCGUUCCAGCCAGCGAGAAUUUUGCAUAAUGAUUAUUGGGGUGCCAAAUGUUGGAAAAUCGUCGCUAAUAAACGUACUCCGAAACCGGCAUCUGAACAAGAAGGGUGCAAGUCAGGUGGGAGCUGUAGCGGGAGUUACAAGAAGCGUGCUGAACCGUAUCAAAAUAUGCGAAGAGCCACCAAUUUAUUUGCUGGAUACGCCUGGUAUCCUAGAGCCUAAUAUCGCCGACACUGAAACAGGGCUACGUCUGGCUCUGGUCUCCUGUCUACAGGAUCAUCUUGUGGGCGAGGAGCUGAUUGCUGAUUACCUUUUGUUCCUAUUAAACAAGCAGCAAAAUUUUCGCUAUGUUGAGGUAAUGGGUUUGCAGGAGCCAUCAGAUUCGAUUGCCAGUGUGCUGAUGACAAGUGCCGUGCAUUUAAACAAAAUGAUCCGUACCAAACAGCUGGAUGGUACAAGUGUGCUUCGUCCGGAUAUAAAUAUGACAGCAAAGUUGAUGCUGAAAUCGUUUCGCACAGGAGCGUUUGGAAAGAUUUUGAUAGACGAAGAUAAACUUAGGUAUCAUAGUAAUAGCAUUAAAUUAAAACAAAAUUGAACGAAGCACCCAGUUCACGAUUGACUGGUUGCUGGUAAAAGUUCUAAUCUAAUCAAAUAUAGUC